AAUAAAGAGCAAAAUGUAACACCAUGUAACCACACUAAAGUGUCAGUCUGUGAGAUCACGGAAUGAAAGUAAAUAUUAUCCAUAUUAUCAAUGUUUAUUUACUAAAAAAACUUACUUUUAAUUAAAACAACUUUAUCAACUCUACAAAAUGUAGAUAACAAGGGUUUAAAGAAAUAUGGAAGAAUAAAUUGUAAUGAGUCUUAUGAAGUACAUUCUGCCUAGCUUCAAAUAAAAAGACAAUGUUAUGAUAAUGUCCACGGAACUGUUUUAUCGCCGGCAAGUGUCUCACAAGCAUCUUGAAGUGCUGGCUCAGUACAUGGAGCGAUUCCCUCCGCUAGCUCUCGCCAGCGCCCGCUCUAGAGAAGGCCACCUUCAAUCCAAGCGCAUGUGGGAGAAGAUAGCUCGGACAUUAAACAGAAUAGAUGCUGGAGUCAAUAAAAGUGGCCGGAGUUGGGCUAGGUACUGGAUAGACUUAAAAUUCAAGAUCCGCCGGAAGUACGCCGUGGUACAGAAGUGCGAGGCGGAGGGCUCGCACUGCGCGGUCUCGCUGUCCCCGCUGGAGGCCAGGAUCGCCAGGAUCCUGACUGAUGAGGAGGGGAACCUGCUGCCGACUGCGUCCGUGUAUCAUCAGGUCAAAGGGUAUCCUAGGUGUGACUUGAAGGAUAAUGGGAAAACCCGUCACAAUAUAAAAUCGAUCGACUCCAAAAUCACCGAUACCGAUGAUACAUCCCAAAACUACUUAAUCGAUCAUACUGAGCACAUCACUAUACCGGAUGACGUCAAACCAAAUAUUAAGGACUGCGUAGAUCCCAUACAAAUAUCUCCCAUACAAGCUCAAGAGAGAGGGAUAGAGGAGUUAAAGAGAGAUCUAGUGGAGUUUGAGCUGAAGAAACAGAGGGAGUUGUUUGAAAUGGAGAAAGAGUUUAGAAGAGAAAAGCAUGAGAUAGAGAUGUCGAUAUUAAGGAUAAGGAAACAGAUUAUGUUGAAGGAGUUGCAGAAGUUAUAGUAUAUGUAAAUAUAUUUUGUUUUAAGUUUUUA